GUAAUGUAAUCUGUGAGCUGAUAUUAGUGUGUACUGGAAACAAAAAACAAGAAUACACAUUCUUUUCUUCUGGAUAAAGUUAAUUACAAAGUCUUAGCGACACUCAAAAACAAUACGCAAGACAAAGAACAAAGUUUGCAAACUAUCGCACACCGUAAACGUACGAAACGCGUUUUGCAAAAAGGCGCGAGCUUACCGGUACCAGAGUGAAGAAAAACACGUGCUCGUCUGUACGAAGUUAACGAUUAACAUCCAUCAUGCUCGACUUUGUUCAUUCAUUAAGGGCGCUGGCCAAAUUGGAGCAAGUCCACACGGAUAACCACGUAUUCAAACUGCAUUACAAGUUUACCGCAUGCAUUCUGCUCUUCUUCUCGUUGUUGCUCACCUCCAAGCAAUACUUCGGCGAUCCGAUCGACUGCAAAGUGGACAUCGCCGAGAAAUCUCAGGUGAACACUUUCUGCUGGACUCAUGGCACCUACAUCCUGCUUAAAACCCAGCAUAAAAAAUAUGGACUUUUGAGUGGCUUGGGAACUCCAGUACCUCCUGCUACACCUCAUGAUCAAAGAUAUCCGGCCACCAAGACCAACAACAAUGGUUUCAUUGUCCAGAAGUAUUACCAGUGGGUGUGCAUGUUCUUCUGCUUCCAGGCACUGCUAUUCUACAUUCCUCACUAUCUUUGGAAGACUUGGGAGGCUGGCAGGAUGAGACUGCUGGUGAAGGAUCUUGGUGGACCUCUGGUUACAUCCAACUGGAAUAACGAGAACAAGAUGCGGAUCGUGAACUAUUUGAUAUGUCGCAAAUAUGCUCACAAUUACUACACGCUCAGGUUCACUUUGUGUGAAAUUCUAAACUUUUGCAAUGUUUUCUUACAAAUCUUCCUCACGGAUUGGUUACUCUCUGGAUAUUUCAUCACUUAUGGCUAUGACCUGCUGGUACAAACCGAUAUCAAUCCAAUGACGCUGGUGUUCCCGAAGUUGGCGAAGUGCGAGUACCGCUUCUACGGCAUGAGCGGCAGCGAGCAGAACAGCGACGCAUUGUGCCUCCUGCCGUUGAACGUCGUCAAUGAGAAACUCUUCAUCUUCUUGUGGUUCUGGUUCCUGCUGUUGGCGAUUCUCUCAGCGUAUCAAAUGCUGUACCGUUCGUGCAUGUUAGUAUCGCGCACCAUUCGCGAGAAGAUGCUGCGCGCGCGCUGUCGCUACCUCAGCCAGAAGACGACUGAUAUUAUCAUCGACAACUUCUCCUACGGCGAUCUUUUCUUCCUUGACCUGUUGUCGAAGAACGUCAACCCGAUUAUCUACAAGGAGCUUAUCCUUGACAUCGCCAACGCCAUGGCCGACCGCCAUAUUGGUUUCGACCCUGAGGUCACCGCCAUUGUUGUCUAAGCGCAAAAUUUGCUACUUUUUCUCGUUUAAAUGUAUAACAAAUGUUACAUUAGUUCUAGGCAGUUAGUGUUCUUGAAAGCAGGAGUAAGUCUGUUCAUUUGACUUACCGACUGCUUUAAAGACAUGCAUAUUCUACGAUUCUCAUAUUUAUUUUCUAUUUGGAAUAACUAACGUAAUGAGAUCUCAGUUGUUUUGAGAUUGACUCUAGGUUUAGAUACAUUUCGAAUACGAUACGUAUUUUUAUAUGUUCGAGCGAACCAAGACUGAUCGAAUUACCUCACGUUAAAUGUGUUGCGAUUUCUUUGAUAUAUGCGAAGUUGUGAUUCUCAAAUCAUUCCAGUAUUAAUAU